GAAGUAGUGGUGCGGUGUACGAGCGCGAGCGAGAGCGAGUCUGUCGCCGGGAGUUGGAGAGUGUGAGUCUGGAGUAGUGAGUGAACGAGUCUGGACUAGCGGGCUAGCCCGGUUCCGAGUCAGUCAGUGUGCCACCGGCGACCGUAGCCUCGGCGCGGAGAACGUGGAUACGCUUCGACAAUUUCUGCUAUCGCGCUUUUCUCUCUUUCUGCUUGUUGUGCUGGCUCAUUCGCAAAUACAUACGUACAGUGAAGCGAUCAGCGAGCAUUAUUUUUCCUCGAUAGUGGUUGUACGAUCGAUCUCGUUCGAUCGGAUGUUCUCUCGUUCGAACAGACCGUCGUUGUGUGAAAUCUUUCCGCGAUAUACCGACCGUCCGACCGACCGACCGUUCGUAACCCGACCGCCUGUCACCCCGUUUCUCUCGUGACAAGUGUAACGACCCGCGACACCGGUGCUCGACCAGAAGGAAACGCGCGACACCGAACGAUCGACCGAUCGAAUUACAGCGAUUGAACGGGAGACGGCGUGAACGUCGCUAGUAUCGAAAACUGUCUGUCCGCGAGAAGCUGACCGCCUGCCGGCAGAGUAUCCGGCUGUGCGUCACGCGUGCCACACGGGACGAAGACACCGCCGGAAGAGUUAUACCUCCCACGAAGACGUCCUCUUUCCUCUCGUUGACUCCAUCCGAGCUAGAGCUUUCUUAUCACGAAAUUCAUCGAAAGUGUAAUCGAGUUUUCCCGUGGAUCUAUCGGUGGGGAAAGUAAAGUGACCGUGAUUCGAGACACUCGGAGAUCUCGUUCGGUGACAUUUCCUUCGUUUCUCUUUCUAUCUCUUUUUCCUACGCGUACAUCGACUAUUAUCGCAAAGUUCUGUUUCGAUCGUGAAUAAUCAUUGGUAGCCCUGUGUGUUUUUUUUUCUCUCUGUUUCUCGAGUGACGGUGAAAUUCGACGUAACCGAACAGGAGACGAGUCUCGAGAAUCGGUUAGUUCGAGUGUAAUGUUAAAUCGUUUCGAGCAAGUGUCGAGCGCGAAUCGCUGAACAUCAAAAUGGCAACAGUGGUGUGGUAGCCCUGGAUCUACUGGCGAGGACGGAUUGGCAACAAGGAAGAAACGAAGGAGGUGGCAAACGGUAGAAACGAUGCUCGAGGAUCAACCGUUGGAUUUGAGCGUCAGAGUGGGAGAUUACGCGGAGUUCUCCAGGGAGGAGAAUGAUCAGGAUCACGAACGGAAGGAACCGAUCGACGACUACGGGAACGCCGCGGCAGCGCUCAGAUUACGAGGAUGCUUCGUCGCCGCGACGACCACCGAAUACUCCCAGGAGAGGGAGGAUCGUACCUGUUCCGAGGACUCGGACGACUCAUGUUCCGACAACAAUCAAAAAGACGGGACCACGAGGUCGAGGUCCAGACCACCAGGCACCAAACCCUACAAGAAGAAUCUUAUGAGACGAUACCUGGACACCAGGGAGGUCCAACCGCACGAUGCGAGCGAGAAGGAGCAAUUAGGCUUGGCGAGCGUUAAGGUAGAGCCAGGAUCGACCGGGACGACGACGACGACCUCCACGGGGACUCGUCUGUUGCACGGUAUUCUCUCACAGCACCCCCAGCAGCACAAUUUAGGGGUGCAGAAUGGAUAUGGGCGCCACUUGGCUGGCCAUGCUCAGAUGGGUCAACCGCCCUACACCACUGCCACUAUCGCCACCACGAGUACGCCAGGAAGCGGAUCACUGCCAGCGAGUCCCGCGGACAGCGGAGUCAGCGACGUCGAGUCCAGUACGUCCUCGGGCGGUAACGAGGACGCGAAUCUCUUACUGAAGGCCAGGCUAAACCCUAACACGUCCCUCCAACCGAGUCUGGCGUCUCAUCAUUCUCAUCUGUCGUCAGCAGCACUCGGCAGGUCAGCCUGUCACAGUCCUGGCGUUUAUCCGUCGACGGCGGGCUUCCUGCCGCCCUCCUAUCAUCCCCAUCAACAUCAUCCCUCCCAGUACCAUCCGCACAGAGGGAGCUCGCCUCACCAUCAACACGGGAACCACGCGAUGGGCCCGACGAUGGGACCGCCUCACCAUCACCACCACCAUCAAACGCAGAGUCUCCAACACCUACAUUACCGUCAGCCUCCUACACUGUCCGAGAGCUACAGCAGUUACGUGAACUCAAUGUACGCUAGCGGAGGCCAAUUCGCGACCCCUUGCACACCGAGUCCCCCAAGAGGUCACGGUGGCGUCCCGACGAGCGUGAUCCAAGCAGCCACCAGCUCGGUUUCCGACGAUCUGUACCUUCUGGAGUUGGGCUUCCCUCCACGGUCGAAGAAGAACAAGUUGAAGAAACCGCGUCAAGGGGACGGCGCAGCGGUGAAGAGGAAAUCUCGGGAGGGCUCGACCACGUACCUGUGGGAGUUUCUGUUGAAAUUACUGCAAGACCGAGAUUACUGCCCACGAUACAUCAAGUGGACGAAUCGCGAACGAGGCGUCUUCAAGCUCGUCGACAGCAAGGCAGUGUCUCGCUUGUGGGGUCUGCAUAAAAACAAGCCGGACAUGAAUUACGAGACCAUGGGCCGUGCCCUGCGUUACUAUUACCAACGUGGCAUUCUGGCGAAAGUCGACGGACAGAGGCUGGUCUAUCAGUUCGUGGACGUGCCGAAGGAUAUCAUAGAAAUCGAUUGUACCGGCGCGUGAGAUAGGGCUCGACCCACAAGGGAACAGCACGAGGGAGCACAAGCUGUACGGGAAAAGAGUCGUUCGCGUAUUCACACCGCGAUCGUUUGCAAGAUGACACCGUCGAGCAUCUCUUCCUACCACGAUUUGCCAACUUGGCACACCCCUCAGACGAUCUAAAAACCAUACGCCCUCUCUCUGACUUCGUUUGUUCCUUGUAUUAUAUAUGUAUACCUAUAGAGAUGUAUAUUAACGAAGUGCGCGCGAGUACGGACGCUGCCGCGAGAGGAUGAAUGUUUUAUCGACGCGUCGAGUUGCGCCAAACGGUAUACGAAGCACGUGUACCGUAACAGAAAUUUCGUCCUCCUUUGGUCUUUCUUUCUUUUUUUUUUGUUUUUUUUUUUGUUACUUUUUGACAAUCGAUACGUCGAUGGUAAUCGUACUAAGCUUUACAACGUUUAUAUAUAUAGAGAAGUAUAUAUACAUGUGUAAGUAUAUAUAUAUGCGUUGAGCUCGUUCAAAUUUGUACAAAAUUUAGUUCUUAAAUGAUGAAAAAGGAUGAUGCUACGGCACAAAGUGUUAUUAAAUGUAUUUUAAUCAAGAGAGAAAAAGAUGAAUCUAGUAUGGACAAAUUUACUUAAACGUAAAGUAUAGUCGGGAAGUAUAGGCGAACAAUUGUACAUUCGAGAGCGCGAUAAAUUAUUUAUUGUAUAUUAGACGAUUAUAUAUGUUACCUAGAAAAGAAAAGAAGAAAAUUGUUAUAUAACGUGUCGACGAAUGGGAAAUAUGAGAAAAAGAGGAAGAAACGAGACACACAACACGUACACACACGCAACGUGGAAAGAUCUUUUUUUUUUAAAAAGGUGAAAAGAAAAAAAAUAUAAUGAAACGAAAUGAGGGCUGUGAAAAGAUUCAGAAACGGAAGAAUGGAUAGAGUGAAAACGAUGAACGACGUUUAACAAGUUUCAUGGAGCGAGCUCAGGGAGGGGUACACUCAACACACACCAUUUGCACCCAGGCAUACACACACACACGCGCGCGCGUACACACUAUAUUUUUUUAAAUAUAAGCGAAACGGGCGACUCUUCUAUUUGAGCUGAGGGUUCAACAACGUAAGGUGCUGGCUAUACACACGAGGUCCAAGAAUGUUAUUUAGCAAGCUAGUGUUACUAAUUCAUAAAAAAAAAGAUUAUUGAAACAGACAUUAUAUAUCUCUGUAUAUAUAAAGUACACCUUUAGUAUAUAUUAUUGAAUAUUAUAUAUAUAUAUAUUAUAUGAAUAUAUAUUGUAUGUUAUGUAGUAAAAUGGAGCGAGUUAAUGUGUCUCUAUGAGAUUUUUCCGUCACGUCAAUGUAUGAGGAUGUUGCGUGCAACCGUUUUCGUACGAUGUCUCUGUUCUUUUUACUCGAGAAACGAACAACGUUCGGAAACACAUUCGUUUCUUUUUCUUUGUUUCUUUAUUUUUUUUUUUUUUUUACACUUCGACGGGCUCGAUACGCACGCCCUAUAACGCACACUUUUAUGCUCAUACGAGUACUUGGCAUGCUCAUACGAAUCAGAGACAUCGUACCUUUAACCCAUUUAUACGCAAACACAAUGAAGACAUUCGAUUCGAAAAAGCUUGUAAACAGUACAUACAUAUAAUGAGUCAUGAAUUACAAUCAUGUUUUAUUCCGCGUAAUUGUCAAAUAUUUCUAAUGGUAAUGUUUUAAAUGGGUUGAAUCGGUCCUGUCCAUAGGUGGAGAUCUUCAGACGGUUUUAUCUCCCUUGAUUUGUUUGCGUUGCGAUUACAUCGGACACGAAAACGUAACGAGGCAUUCGAUUAUGUCGUAAUUCGUGUACCACGGCAAGGAAGACAAAGUGUGGGUGGAACUGUAUUGCUGUUGGUAGCAACUCUGGACAGGACUGUGCGUAUCAAGGCUAAUGUGACCAGAUCUGUGAAAUUCCAAUGCUGCACAAGCUGAAACUUACCUUUCACCCUCUCGUCGCGCAGUUGAACUGUACGAAGUAUCAGUAGAGCGGAUGAUUGCGAGCAAUACAUUUGGAAUCAGCGUGUACGCAUCCAACUGCCAAAUAUUUAAAAUCCGGGGAAAUUGUUGAUACGUGAAACGUCCUGGACGUCUGGUCACAUUAUUCGAGCGUAGUGUUAGCCUAUCCAGGCACACAUGGGGCGUUCGAACGCGAUAAGUUAGAGUGAAAUUUAAUUUAUUGACGACACCCCGCCCCCCCCCCCCCCCCACCCAACAACUCCGCCGCCCAAAAGGACGUGACGUACGAGUGCAAGCGUAUCCUGUAGAUAAUAAGUUUUUGUACAUAAAAGAUUCGUUGAGAACAUACUUAGGAAGAACAUCGCGCUGGUUAACGUUCGUAACUGUGGAGAAAAAUGAGAAACGAAGGAUUGGAAACGGAGGGAAAGGACGGGAGAUGGAGAGAGCGAAGCGAUGCUUCGAGAGGAUUCACGGUUUGCUCUCUGAUCGCAGUUCUUUGACGAUCACCUCGAAACGAAUUUCAAAGAUGAAAGGAAACACAGUGAAUAAUAAUAAUAAUAAUAAUAAUGAAAAUAAUAAUAAUAAUAAUAACAAUAUGAAAAAAAGAAAACGAUCAAGUGCUGCCAAUAAAUGCCUGUAAACGGUCCCCUUGCAUUUUCUGCCACUUAAGAGAAAGAAACAUGUAAGAGUAAAAUAUACUACGCGCGUUGUUAGAAUCAAGAGAAAUGCGUUGGGACGCCAGACAUACCGAUGAUACAAAGCGAAUUGCCUUCUCGUAAUUAACAAAGACGUGUUGCCUUCUAACAAAGAAAACAUAUUAAAAAAAAAGUUCUAGCAAUUUGUAUCGUAAAAUACCAUCGACUUUGUCCAGAGUACUUAAAUAAACCUCACAAACACCCCGUGUAUAUCCCCUUUGUCAGCAUAGAGAUUUUGUAAUUUUUGUCAAGAGUAACGAAAAACGUACGAAAAAAAAAAAAUUGAAAAAAAAAAAUAUUCAGAAACAUUUUUGGUACACAAAGACUUUUUCAUAUCGCACUCUUUGCAUACGCGUAUCGGACGAAAUAAUAUAUUUAAAACGUAUAAGAUAUAA